UUUUUUUUUUUUUGGUUGCUCUUUUUUUCUUUUUCUUUUUUACCUUGUUAGCAUGACAACCCAAGAGCCGGCCAGUGAACGUACUCGGUUGCUUGGUGUGAGUUCAAUCAAGAAUCCAAUCAAGUACACGUCACCUUCGUAUGUUCAAGAACAACUCGUCGACCUGCGUGAACAUACAAUUGAUGUGCGCGAGCAAGUGAUUAAUAUCGUAACAACGUCGGCCGAUACGGUGACUACCAUCAAUCCCACCAAGGUGGCUCAUCCUACCGUGCCUUUGGAACGGUUGACGGAUAAGGUGCAAGAUAUUCUGGUCUUUGGCGACUUGAAACAAAAGACGCGCGUCGAAAGCAAGGAGAGUGGCAACGAAACCGUAAAAGUCAGCCAACACACGGAAAAAUCGACUUCACGUGGCAUCGGUGGCGAAAGCAGUAAGAGUGAACUGGUGGCCAGUGCAUUUCGAAUGGCGAGCGACCAUUGGAAGGAUAGACAAGAAGCCAAAGGCAGUAAAGGCUCAAGCCAGAGCUUGGCUUCGUCGUCAUCCGUAUCACUAGGUAAUGCAUUACGACUGCCUGAAAUGGGAUUGCCCGAUGUGAACAUGCCCAACUCCGCCGAACAUGUAUGGAGUGUCGCCAAAGGCGCCUCGGUCUGUGCCGUCAUGUCGUUGCUCAAUGAAAGCCACAAAGGAUCCGCGGCAAUGUCCGACACGGCCAAAGCCAAUAUGCAGCAGCUGGCCCUUUCAACACUUGAAAUGGGCUUACGGGAUUCAUCCGCAACCGACCACGUCGUUCGAGAAAUGCUUUGCAAAAAAUGGCUAAACGGGACUUCCGCCUUGGAAUGGGCGAUCAAAAAUGAUUGCCAAAUCUUUCUCAAAGAUCCACGCGUUGCAUCGGCUAUUGAGGAUACCUGGAAGUAUGGUCCCGAUUGGAGGGCGGAUCCCAAUCAUCCCAGUGCAGUAUGGAGAAAUGGCAACGACAAUAGCAAACCACCCACAUGGACGGUUUUUAUCAUCACUCGACUGUUUUACAAUUAUCUGGCCCGGUGGGCUUCUCCUAGAUAUCAAGAUUUUAUCGGCCUAUUUAGUCUCUUCGUGUACCUGCUCCUUCAUUUAGCCACGGUGAUAAACGAAGAUUACACGGAUUACGAACCUUACCCUUAUGAAUAUGCAUAUUAUUUCUUUGUCAUUUCAGAUACAGUGUUGGAGGUUUGGAAGUUACUUGCUCAUCCUAUCCAAACAUUGCGUCGAGGAUCGAGUUAUUUGGCACUGAUAUGCGUUAGCUUGCUUACAGCUGCCAUGGCACUUCGUUUUAUAGGACUGAACGGAACUGAUUUGGAAGUGCAGGCCGGACAGUUAGAAUUGUCUCAUGUUUUGAUCACCUGCGCGACCCCUUUAAUGGUGCUUCGACUCUUGGGAGCGAGUAAUGAUCUUUCAUGGUCAAUUGUAAAGUUACAAUUUACCAUUGGUGCAUGUUUCGCGGACGCCCUUGAAAUCAUGCUGGCCGGUAUAGCGGUUAUCCUCGCCUUUUGGUUGGCGCUUGGUGCUCUUCAACAUAAUGAUAUGUCUUACUGGGACAUGCUCCGUUACUUGAUUCUUGGUGCUCUUCACUCACCUAAUAUUGGCGACACCAUUCAAUAUCGACCUUUUUCCGCGGGCAUUCUACUGGCCAUCUACAUGUUCCUCAUCUCGACGUGUGUCGGCUCUUUCCUCACCGCGUCAUUUUUAUGUACAAUGUCAAAUAUGAAGUCGCGUCUGGCCGACAAGAAGCAAGGCAUGGCUUACCAACGCGCGAUGCGGCCGGCUACACUGGAUGCUUUCAUCCCCAAUACACUCAUUGAACUGCCUUUGGCGAUACUCAGUGGCUUGCUACGAUUGAUUUUACGGCGUAAAAAUCGGAUCGUAUGGUUGGAACGUACCCGACAAGUGCUUUGGUACAUGGUUUUCUCGCCUGUCAUUCUUAUUAUCGGCUUCUUUGAUCUGUUAUCCUUUAUGAUGCGAGCGGGAAAGCGGAUCAGUGGCCUGAAACCUAAAAUUGUACCCAGUGUUCUUUAAAAUCAGCUUAAUCUGAAUAAAAAACGGUUUGAGUGUUCCUAUGAUGGGUCGCCGCUGACCUCGGUAGCGGCCUUGGAAAAAAAUUGUGAAUGAAAGGAAGGCACAGAUGGAAUGGUUCGUUGGUUUUGGCUGGAGAAACCGGAAACACGGUUGGGAAUGGGUGAUAAUUGGCGGGAUAUGAAAUUUGCAAAGCCGC